GUGACAGGAUAGGGCCAGCGGCGAUGACUGAGCGUGGGAGGAAAAUGGGUGAACGAAUCCUAAAGAUUGUGCGAUUUUAUCAAAAUAAGAAUUUUCACGUCACUUUUUCUACUCCUGAUGUAAAAAUUUUAGAUGCACUCUCAGCGGAUUUGAACAAAUUCUGACCUCUUUACAUUAUUUUUCAUAUCUAUUUUACUUAUGUAUCACAAUUUUCAUUUGAUGUUAUCAGUUCAUUUCAAUGUAUUGUGCCUUUGAACAUCUUGCGUUAAAAAGUGCGAUAGAAAUCAGUUCCUAUCUAAUUGUUAUUAUUAGCCUGCAUGUUCCACUGCGUUAUUUUCAUUUGCGUUGCACAUGUGAACUAGGCUUCAAGCCUGGUUCACACGUACGACGUAAGUGCAAAUGCAAGCCACGUUCGCAUGUCGAACGCAAACGCAAGGAAGGCAACAUAUGCAGGCUUAAUGGAAAUGCUUUUACAAGAUGGCGAACGAGGAUGUGGCCUCAGCACAACGAGUUUCCAGCUUUUCCUGUUGUCAUGGGGGUGUAGAGAGGAAUUUUAAACUUAGAGUUUAUGCCAGCAUCUUAUUGGAGUUUACUGAAGAACACAGCACGUAAUACCAUAGAUCUCAACUCAUUCAUAUAAAAGAAAUAGGGAAGAUCAGAACGGAAUCACGCGCGCAGGCGCACCCACGCCCCUAACUGUUGUAUGUUUACUGUUACUUUCACAUGGUUUAAUAAUUUUCGUUUUCCUAGGAAGACUUUAAACAACUGGCCGAAGGGAAAGACACCGAAAGUUUCUUAUGAGGAAGAAAAUAGUAAAGAAAACAUAUUUUGUAAACAAAAGGACUUCAAAGCAACUAAAAGACAGAAAUUUUUGCGCGGGGAAAAACCAAUUUCAUCUCAACGAAGGUUGCCAACUUGCGUUCCACUCAGUGACGUCAUGGAGGAUAAGGAUUUAGAAGGUGCUGGUGCUGAUCGUAAUAUUACGGGCUCAGAUAUUGACCGUAAAACACAUGUUAUGAUGGAUGGUGACGCUGACCUAGAAAUCGGCAAGGAAAAAUUGAAUGGUACCGAAAAAAGACGUGCUCAUGUUGAUAGUAGAUGUUUUAGUGACCAUACUCCUCGGAGGAACAGUAUGACAGACACGUUACAAACUAGUAGAAGGAAAUCAGAAUAUGACAUUGACUUGAAAACUGAAUUGAUGGAUCAACAUUUAUCAGAAGGGGUGGAUCAAAAGGAAGGCGAACAAGAUGCACAACUGCUGCACAAUAAAACUCCAUGUGAAACGUGUCAGUUGCUUCUGAGUGAUGAACAAAACAAUAGAGUUAUUUGCACCGCAUGUUAAAGAAAAGAAACUUAUUAAGUAGGAUUAUGAAAAUUAACUAGAUUUAACUAGGGAUCUUAGUUUAAUUCAGUGAAGAAGCAAUCGAGUUUCUACCGGUCCGGAUAGCUAGCUGUUUUAGUUCGGAUACUUGAUUGAAGGGAAGGCGACGGAGCCGCAAACACGCAAUUAAAAUAAAAGAACCUGCCAAGAGGCAAAAAAAUAGAAACACAUUUUAUUGCGGUUCUCACUUCAAAAUAUUUUCUCCUUCUUAUUCUCCUCGCGUCAUGUCACUACUUUCUCGGCUUCGUCGCUCAAACUCAGUUCCACAACACAACCUGCCAACACUGGCCAAGGGGGCCAAGUUUCGCCCUGAGAACCAAACUUAUAGGGUUAAAGCUGGCUUUACUGGCCGUGACCGAUAUCUUUUGACAAAAAUUGCAAAUGUAAAUUAAAAGUUUGUUAGGGCCACUAGCGCACCGAUUUUGUUUGUGUAAGCCAAACAAAGAAAUGCAGACAAGUAAAGUAAAAUUAUACUUUUUCGAAGCCAUGCAAUAGCGAAAUGAAUCUUAUCAAUCAAGUGUAGUUUUUCAGUGGCUGUUAUUCAACUUUUACGUGCCAAGACGAAUAAACCUUUAAAGCCGUCGUUAAGGUUUUUUACCCAAAA